AUGGCCCCUCCAUCCCAGCCCGCCUCUAAUGGCAUCAUCUAUACCACCUACGCCGUCUUUCUGAUGGCGGGUCUCUACAUCGCCUGGACUCUGCGCAAACAAACAAAAGGCGAAUACCUUGCAACUCUGCGCACACAGAAGGGUAUUGAUGAUGCACCGUCACAAUUUGAAGUUUGCGCCGACUCUUGGGCCAGACCAAUUAAGAGGAUAUCUGCUGACCACUUCAUUGUUCGUUCCACAGGCAUCCCUUUGGCCCUCAACUUCAUCGCCUCGGGUGAGUGCACCCGACGAGCAGCGUUGGCUUAG